AUGGCCAGUCCAGGGAGGGCGAUUUCAGCAUCCAAAACGAUUCAACGGCCGGCGCCUGUGAGACCCCGCUUCCACAGCGGAAUGAAGCUGGCGUGUGGCAGUGCCGUGGGCUUGGCAUUGCUUCGUCAGUUCUCGAAGCGCCGCUUGCCGGGCGCAAGAUUUGUUGCCAUCCGCGCCUGGCAGCAGCCGCUUUCCGGGAAAUUGCCCGAGCCACUUCGCGCCACGGAUGGCCGCAAACCUGAUGCUCCACCAGAAGAUGUUUUCACUCUUGACACCAUCACACAGCGAAUGCCCAAGAUCUUGCAGUCAGUCCUCGCGAGCCUGCCGCCUGCUGUGAAAUCGGCCGAACUUGAAAAGAACAUCGAAGCACUGCAGGAUGACAUGAGACAAGGGGCUCAGCUACGGCUCCUGACAAGUGACAGCCCGCGGGUCGGAGCGAACGCGUGGAAUCAGCAUCUUGAAGCUUUUAUCGAACGUGGAGAGGGAUGGCACACAGCACCAUGGUGGCUGGUGGAGAAUUACAUGUACAAGCGCCUGCUGGAGGAUUCCGCACGCUCUUUCAGUAUCUUUCAGUAUCCUGAGCUGCUCCUCCCCCCACCCCUCGCUAGUUGGGUGUGA